CCUCAUUUGUUGAGGGCAGUAUUGACUCUUACUGCCAGUCUGCUGAAGUUUUCUAAGGAGUCCAGAAGUAUUUCCCCUGUCAUCUUGGAGCUUGUUCUAUCCCUCCUUAUGGUCUGACUGUUCUCCUGUAUUUAAUUAAAGAUUCUUUUUCUUCCACAAAUAUGCAUAAGUCUUAGAAGAGGAGGCGUCUCCUGUGUUUAACUAGCUCCUAAACAGCUUCUUUCCCCCAAGGAAGCAAGGCCUUCUAUUUCCCUGUGACUCAUUGAUAUGUCUCCACAUGUAAUAUGUCUUAUAGCAGACCUUAUAUUCUCUAGUGUAGAGGUAAAUAUGCAUGAUACAAGUAUCUAAAUAGGGUAAAACUCAUCUAGUUAAUUUUCUGAUUCCUGAGACAGGUAUGAUAACAUUACUUCUCUGAAGUGACAGCAUUUAAAGUGAAUGAAGCCCAAUACCUUUCUCCUAAGCAUACUCUAACAAGGAGUCCUUGUACAGAAUUAUUUAGUGUUAUAUUGAUUUUAAUUGCUACAUAGUGUGAAGUUGUGUUUUCAAACUUCUGAAAAAGAAUAAAAAGGGAACACUCAAUUUUGGCCCUCAUGAGAUCAAUGAACAGCCUGACUGACUUUAGAUGGCCUUGAAAACAGCGUCGGAUGCAUUAGGACUCAAGACUCAGACCAUGAAAUGAGAAUUGAUGUACAGUGAAGAAAAGGCAGACCUUCCCAUAACCUUUCUUGUAGCCUUUACAACGAUCUUAUACAACCAAGAAAAUGAAGAAGUGUAGGCUAAAUACCAUUGUGUCUAAGAAUACUGCAUUAAUUUGAAUAAGUAUUGUAACAUUUUAUUGUAAAUACAAGUAAAUUUUUAACACAGAGAUAGUGAACAGUGUCCCUCUCUAUUCCCCAGGUCUUACCUACACUAAGAGAGAUUUAAUUGUCAGUAAUGCUGUUAAUUCUAUGAGUCUGCAGAUAUUCUGGUAAAAGUAUGUGAUAUCAAAAUCACAUAUCAGCCUGAAAGGAGGAAAUGAGGAAACCUUGUGUACAAGUACAGUUUCAGCAAUGUAACUGAUGCUGCAUCUACUGCUGUCUCAGAACACACCAGAAACCAGUUUCUGUUAUGGCAGUUGGGGUUUAUGUAUAUCCACACAAUGGGUGGUACACAGACAAUGCCCAAAGUAGUCCUACUGUAUCUUAUAAAAACAGAAAAAAAAAAGAAAAUUGAAAAAAAAAAAUAAAUUACAGCCUCAAGGAAUCCAGGCAAUGAUAUGUUAUUUUAUUAUGUUUAUUGCCAACAGGUUAGGGUGAAAAUUUGAGAAGUGGGAAAUGAAAACAGUGCUGUUUGACUCUUGAUUGUACAGAUUUAAUGAGACAGAAAGAGAAUGUCCUGUUUGCCAGUACUUAUUGUUUUGCAACUUCCAAUAAAAGUAUGCUGAUGAAGAGCUCUCUCCUGGGAGAAACAGAAGAGACAGAUUUCUACUUUAGAGACGACGUAAUUUUCCUUCCUGUGAGAAUAACAUGAACCAGAGGGUGUUAGCUUUCCUUCUCCCUAAUUUUUUAUUUGGGCUAUUUCUUCUUGGCUUUUUCAGUAAGAGACAAAAGAACCUAACAGAUACUUUUCCCAAAAAUUGGCUGGCAAUUCAAAACAGUCGGAAAACCACACUGGCCUCUGUCUGCCUGAAGAAUAACCUUAAUAAACCAGGAAGAAAAUUGGAUUCUCAUGUUGCAUACCAGCUCUUUGUGGAGCACAAGCAUAAAUUCAUCUACUGUGAGGUGCCCAAGGUAGGCUGCUCCAACUGGAAGAGAACUAUUUUUCUUCUUCAAUCAGACUUGAAUACAGAAGCUUCUGAAAUUGAGCAUGUCGACAUCCACCAUACCACACUGAUCAAAAGGCUCUUGUCUUACCCUCCUGCCUUACAAAAGGAAUUUCUAAGCAAUUACACCAAAGUGAUGUUCACCAGACAUCCCUUGGAAAGGCUGGUUUCAGCUUACAGAGACAAACUCCUGCACUCUGAACCAUUCUACAGUACCACUGUCGCUAAUGAGAUUAGGGCGAUGUUCAGGAAAAAUACAAAUUCUUCUGAAAAAGUGAGUUUCCAGGAGUUUGUCAACUUCAUUUUAGCAAAACCACCACAUAGGCUUGACAUUCACUGGAAACCAAUGUUUCUGCUCUGCGAUCCUUGCAACAUUCACUAUGAUAUUCUGGGUAAGUAUGAAACUCUUGGAUUGGACUCUGAUCAUGUUCUGAAGGCCAUUGAUGCACCAGAGAGCCUGCAAUACCCCAGCUUGAAGAGAUACAGCUCAGAGAAACGAACUGAUGGUGAUAUAACCUUGGAGUACCUCAGACAAUUGACCUCAAAACAAAUUGAGAAGAUAAAAAAAUUGUAUGAAAUGGAUUUUUUUUUGUUCAACUAUACUACGAAAUAUGAGGAUAAUUUUUCCCUGAACAACUAAAUGUAGGUUAAACAAAAAACAGUCUCCUUUGUACCAAACAGGCUGAACUUGUCCUCACAGGUGUUUGAUAGGCAGGCUGGUGACUGCUGCUGAGAUUAUCCUGGAGUUUGUAGAUAUGGUUUAUCAUCCUAAGCACUCUUCUAGAAGUCCCUGCCAUGACCUCUUGUAUCAUGCAGACCUUCACCUAUUAAAAUUUUCUUCCUGAUGAUCUUUAACAGCUUCCAUUUGUUUCAUGAAAACUGUUCAUAAGUGACAGAUAUUGGUCCAUUGGUGAGAGACAUGGGAAGGACGAAGAACGCUGUUUUUCACACUGAAUAUUUCAGGACACUAUUUUAUGUCAUUUUUUUUAAUGAGAAAAAGACAUAAGAAAUAAUAAAUAAUCUGCUUGAGAGUUAACCACUCUGUCUGAAAGAGCCUUGAUCAUGAGUACUGUAGGAAAAGAGCAAAUAACUUCAGAUGCUUGAAGCUACAUUACACAGAACCUAAUGCCAGAAUAUCUUCCUCUCUAGCAGUGCUCUCAUCACAGCCCAUCAGCCUUAUCCCUCAAGCAGCACAGCUGUCAGCAAUUCAGACAAAGUUUCCAUUAUAGCUCUUAAAAAUCUUCUGAUGAGCAGAUAUGGUAUUCAUGGUGACUUUACAAACCCUUCUCACCACUUUUGUAAGCAUUAUGGUCUGAUUUUAGCAGAAGGUCUGAAAAAUGCAUUGGAUUUUUUUUAAGAAAAGUAGUUAGAGGUACUUUCUAAACUGUACAACUGGGGUGGUGCAUGAUCUAAAAUCUCUGUGGAAAAGUGACUCUUAUUUAUUCUCCCAAAGCACUUAACAUGCAGUCAAUGGACAGGUCAGUCAGCAUAGUGGGGACAAUGUUUGGGCUUUCCCAAUUGUACUGUUGGAAUCCACAAGCCCUUGGACUUACCUGAGCAUGGCACUUGGAAGGAGCUGGGUAACCUUAGAGAAUAUAUUUGUUCUACCUGUUGCUUUCUCACCUUAUAGGAGAAUGAGUGCAAAUAAAUUGUGGAGUUAUGGUGAGAGGAACAGUGAAACAUGGGAGAAACAACUCAAACCAUUACCCCCCUCUUUACUGGUUUUAGAUCACUGAAGGGUCUAUAACUGCUAUUAUAUUAAGCAUGAGAUUUUUCCCCUUUAAAAUGAAAUCUUUUGUCUAGUCACAUUCAAAUAUUAAUUGGUGACCACGUUAAUUGUAACAAGUUUUAGCAAUUAAUUGUGACUAUUGGCACUGUCUAGGAGAUGUCAGUCUCUCAGCAGCUAAAUUGAAAAUCCCUCAAAUGCACUUAAUCUGGAAAUGUAGAAAGGCUGGUAGGCUAGUUUUGGACCCAAAGUGUGCUCUCAGCUUCUCAUCACACAGAAAAAGAUACAUAAAUAAGUUAAUCACAGAGCAGCCACCAAUCUGUACAGCCUUUGCUGCCAGCAGCAUGACCAAGGGAGGGGGAAAAGAAGACUGUGAAAUAUGGACACAAUGGGGUUUAAGUGAUGAGAGUUUGGAGGAGCCCUCCCAGUGCAGGAAGUGGGUUGCAGGAAUUACCUGCUCCAGUGGGAAGGUGCAGUGGUAUACAACAUCAGUUGGAGAGAGUGAUCAGGCCACAGUGACAGCAGAAGGCCCAGAAAGAAGUGCUCUCUAUCCCCCUUGGCAGCAGAUUGUACACAAGCCAGGACUAGCAUUCAGUACAUCUGGCAGGUCUUGCUGGCUGACUGUUUCAUAAAUGGGGCAGCUUUGGCACAAGGAGAGAUCCAAAGUGAGAAGACCAAGCAAGAGCAGUAAAACUAUUUUGGAAAAAAAAAAAAAAAACAAGAAAAAAAAAGGCUAUGAUUUUAUGCAGAAUGAUUCAUAUUUCUGGAUCUCACCCUCACCACCAUCAUAUUUGGUGUUCCCAUAAUCCUACUAGCCCCCAAUACUGGAUUGUUCAUGCCACCCUGGCAACUCUGUAGUUAAUGCAGGUUUUUCUUUUCCUUUACUUGUUAGUUUUCUUUAGUCAGAGGAAGCUGGAAAUUAUUCCCAUCAAAGUUAAGUUUAUGCAGAAGGAUGCAGUCUCUUUUUCCUGAAUCAGAGCUACAUGCUUCUCCUACAUUCUUUGACAGAUCAUGCAGAGGUAGAGGGGAAUAAUAUUUGCUUCAUAACUCUCUUCUUCAUGAGAGAUCCCUCCAGAGCUGUAUCUGAAGCUGUAAGUAUAUCUAAAAAUACAUACUGUAUUUUGUACUUUGGCACCCUCAUCCAGCCUAGGAAAGUUUUGAAGAAACGAUACUGACAGAGUUUGAUAGGUGUCUUUGCUAUCAGCAUGCAGUGUUAACAUCCCCCUCCAGUUUCUUGCUGUUAGAUGUGAGUGGCUUUCUAUUCUUAUUUCCUCUUUCACAGAGUUUCGCAUAUUGUUCCUACAGUGGUGGCAGAAAACUGGUGGCUAAUUCAUUCAUCACAAGCACUAGUCAGUAGCAGAAGGAUAUCUGUUAAAGCAGAAAAAUCUCUGUAACUAUUCACAGCAGACUUUGAGUUUUGCCAUUUGCCUAUAGGGAACUGUAUGUAGCACAUUGCCUCAGAUCACUGGCUGCUGUAAUGCUGUUUGUCUGGUGUGGGUCUGAACAAAAAAAAAAGCGGCAGAGGACGUGUGGGCAUGUCUGCCUAUGUAACAACAGGUUUGGGACACAGCAUCAAAUAAGAACGGCAUAAAUUUUGUAUUACCAUCAGUAAUAAAUUGAGAAUAAUGGGUUGGAAAAGAGAAUAAUCUGUUGGAAAACAGAAAAAAAUAAUUUUUGAUAUUGUUAUAUAAUGGAGGCUCUGGAUAUUGUCUUAAACAGCCUGCAAGAACUGCAAGACACCUGUAAACUUUAUGAUGAAAAUUAAAACACAAGUGUCUCUUUAUGGCCUGGAAGAGAGGCUUCCUGUACUGUCUCUUGCCUACAAGUGCAAUGUCCAGAACAAGGCUCUAAGCAAAGCUGGGGUCCCUCCUGAGUUCUGCUCAGAGAAUAACCCACAGUGGAACUUCUUUCCUUUGGAUGCUAACCCUUGAUGAUGCUCCUGAGUGGAAAAUGUAUUCUUACAGAUGGGAGCAAGGGUGGAGGCAGUGUGGUGAGGCUCAGGCCCUGGGGAGGAUUUGAAUGGGGAGGGAGUGCCAUAAUUCAUCUUCUGAUUUAUUUUUAUAUGCCAGCAAUAUGAUCAUUGAAAUGUUAAUUUGUGAUUACCUUAAUAAACUGUAGUGAGUUAACACA